GCAGGAACACUGAGCUCGUUUAUCUGAACUUUUAACGUUUAUAAUGACAAAAGUUUUAGGUUUUAUUUUAAUGAUGAAUACACUCCUCUGCUGCGGACAUGCUGAAGGUGCAAAUCUGACUAUUGACCCCAACUGGUCGACUUUUCAUCCUGGAGAGAGCGUGACCUUCACUUGUGACAUGAAUGAAGGCAAAGACACCGACUGGGAAUAUGAGAUUAGAAGAAAUGGAGAACAAUUUAUUCAAUCCGAUCAGCACAAAAGCUACACAUUACAACCUAUCCAAAUCGAUCACAGUGGUGAAUAUCAGUGCUCUGGUGUCAGGAAGAGCUUCAGUUUGACCAAGUGCAGUGGUACUGUCUCUUUAAAUGUUACAGCUCAACCCAAAGCCAAACUGACUGCAGGUCCUACAACCAUACCAGUAGGGGGCAGUGUGACACUGAGCUGCUCAGUGGAGCCCUCUGCUGGAUGGAAAUACAGAUGGUGGAGACGGACAUCAGACACACCUGAAGUUCAACUCACUGAUGAAAACAGAGAUAUUAAUGUAAAACAAGGGGGAAUCUACCGAUGUGUGGGAGAGAGAGGAAAUACAAACUUUCAAAGUCUUGUAAGUGACGAUGUCAUCAUCACAAUAACCUUUUCCAACGAGGUUGUUGUGACUCGACGACCAAACUGGCCUCAGAUCUUCAGUGGUGAGACGAUCACUCUGACAUGUGAGGUCCAGGGAGGAGAAACCACUGAGUGGACAUGUGAAUGGAGGAGAGAUCGGACAACUGUAGCCAGAAGAAAUGAUAAAGUCUGGACUGUCAGUGUUUCUGAGUCCAGCAGUGGAGACUACAUGUGUCAGUGUAGACGCAGAGACGACUGGCGUUCUGUGACAAAGUGGAGUGAAAAGGUCCCAGUGUCUGUGUCAGCUCAACCCAGAGCCAAACUGACAGCAGGUCCAACAACCAUACCAGUAGGGGGCAGUGUGACACUGAACUGCUCAGUGGAGCCCUCUGCUGGAUGGAAAUACAGAUGGUGGAGACGGACAUCAGACACACCUGAAGUUCAACUCACUGAUGAAGAAAACAGAGAUAUUAAUGUAAAACAAGGGGGAAUCUACCGAUGUGUGGGAGUGAGAGGAAAUACAACCUUUCACAGUGUUGUAAGUGACGAGGUCAACAUCACAGUAACCUUGUUCACUCCUGGCAGCUCUUCAUCUCCUGUCCUUAUGAUCGUCGGACCUGUCAGUGGAAUCCUCCUGGUUCUUCUUCUGGUGUUACUGUGGUACUACAGGCUGUCCAAAGAUUUACGCUGGCCUGGGUGGAAGCUGCUAAAAAGCAGAUUCAGAGUAAAUGAUGGAUUCAACAAGAAUGAAACUGAUGACAGCAGCUCUCCUCUGCAUGGUGACGAUCAUAUCUACGAGUCGGUCAACUUCUCAGAGCCCAGUGGAAAUGGAUUCAAACCCAGGGACGUAACCUACUCUCUGAUUGAACUGAAAAACUUUGGGAAAGACAGUACCCCAAAUGAACCAGCAGAGGGCGCUGUUUACUCUUGUCUGGAUCCUGGAAUGGAAGGUAGGGGGAGCCCUGGAGCAAAAGAAGAGGCUGUUUACUCUGAAAUCAACUCUGGACCAGAGAACAGUAACACCAUGUAGGCUGCCUGCUUUGAUAGUUCAGUCUACAGCUUCUAACUCAUGCAGGUUUUGUAGGAUCGAUUGUAACAAACCAAAUAUUAACCUUUCAUAAAACUGAUUUUAGCUGUUGC